AAGAAACAUUGAAUAGAACGAAAGUAAGAAAGAGAAAAGAUGUUGUUGCCUUCCACUGCAGAAAUAGUCCUGGACCAGAGAUUGGAGGAGGGUCAAGAAGCUAUCAUGGAUCAAACCUCCCACACGCCCUUCAGCUUUCAUCCCCUCGGAUUAAUCCAAACCUCCAUUAAUAUUGCUUCAUCAUCCAACGUUAGAACAGAAGCUGCUUCUUCUCCUUCCUCUUUGCACAGAUCUGCUACAAACCCUAGUUGGCCAUGUUGUGAGGAGACAAUCAGAGGGUCUAGGGCUGCAGUUGAUAAUCACAACAAUAUUAGCAAUAUGUCCUAUAGUAAUUAUGCAGUAAACCCUAAAAGUGAUAAGGUUGGCAAUAAUUUGUCAGUUGGAGCUAUGAGGAUGAAGAAUGUGAAAGCUAGAAGGAAGAUAAGGGAGCCUAGGUUUUGCUUCAAGACCAUGAGUGAGGUAGAUGUUUUGGAUGAUGGAUACAAGUGGAGGAAGUAUGGUCAGAAGGUAGUCAAGAAUACUCAGCACCCAAGGAGCUACUACAGGUGCACACAAGAUAAUUGUCGUGUGAAGAAAAGGGUUGAAAGGCUUGCAGAGGACCCAAGAAUGGUAAUCACGACAUACGAAGGACGACACGCUCAUUCUCCGUCGCACGACGAUGAUGAUGAUCAUUCACAGCAUUUGUCUUUGAGGUCUCAGCUGAGCACCAGCUUCUUCUGGUAGUGUGUGGUUGUAAUGACUUCAUGAAGAGGUAUUAUAUGUAAUCUGAUAGUUUUUCAUUGCUAUCUAGUUUCAUUUGAUUUGAUCUAGCUUUCAUGUUAUGGUUUGAGAUUAAUAAUGAACAUGUAAUUGUCUUUCCUAUGUGCAAAAAAUCACUGCACAUGUGAAUUGUUUUUACUGGCUUGGAGAUAGCUAUUAUAGAGCUUUGGGAAAGGGUCCAAUGUGUGUGGGCC